GUUUCUAAUAUGAUAUCUGCAGUAUCUGUAUCAGAAGCAGAGAUGAAGGAAAUUGGCUUAAUUUUCAUUACAUUUUUCGUAGUAACGGCUCACGUAACUAGUAAUUGGUCUAAAGUUACACCUACUCAUAAAAUAGCUCCAACAGGACCUCAUAAGCUUGCAUUCUCCGAAGAUAUAAGGAUUGUGGGAGGAAAUGAAGCUUCGCCAAACUCCUUACCAUAUCAAGUCUUUUUGAGGCUUAUUUACGAUACAUACACGAGUUUCUGUGGAGCAUCUCUUAUAUCUAGAAGAUACGUGUUAACUGCUGCACAUUGCUUGGUAGAUGACCUUGUAUCAUUGGAAGUAAUUCUGGGAGCGCAUAACAUUCGUCAAAGAGAAUCUACCCAACAACGCAUUCCAACCUCCACGUUCAAAGUACAUGAACAGUAUAAUAAUCAACCAGCGCAGAAUGAUUUAGGCGUCGUCUAUCUUCCAACACCAGCCAAUCUCAAUCAGUACGUUCAACUGAUAGCACUUCCAAGUAGAGCUGACGUUUCAAAAAGUUUCGUAGGAUCUCAAGCAGUAGCAAGUGGUUGGGGAUACACUUCUCAAUCUAAUCCCGGUAUCAGUGACGUAUUACGAUAUAUAAAUGUUUCCAUUAUUGCAAAUAACGUGUGCAGAGAUGCGCUCGGUUCGCAAGUUACAAACAAAAUCAUUUGUUCUGGAGGAGCAGGCCGUAAAGGAGCUUGCUCUGGAGAUUCAGGCGGACCUCUUGUCGUCAGUGGAAAAUUGGUAAAUACAUAUCAAUUUGACAAUAUUAAAUUGAACACAUGUGAAUGUGUGUACGGCCUUAUAUCAUUGGAAGUAAUACUAGGAGCACAUAACAUUGGUCACAGAGAAUCUACCCAACAACGCAUUCUAACAUCCACAUUCAAAUUCCAUGAAGGUUAUAGUGACGAAACACUAGUAAAUGAUUUAGGCAUCGUCUAUCUUCCAACACCAGCCAAUCUCAAUCAGUACGUUCAACUGAUAACACUUCCGAGUAGAGCCGAUGCUUCAAACAGUUUCGUAGGAUCUCAGGCGAUAAUAAGUGGAUGGGGAUACAUUUCUCAGUCUGCUACCGAUAUCAGUGACGUAUUGCGAUAUGUCAAUGUAAAUGUUAUAUCAAACGACGUGUGCAAGCAAACGUUCAAUUCGUUCGUUAGAAACUCAAACAUUUGUUCUGGAGGAGUGGGCAAAAAAGGGGUUUGCUUUGGAGAUUCAGGCGGGCCUCUUGUUGCCAGUGGAAAAUUGGUUGGUGUAAUUUCGUUUAUAAGCAAUGGUGGUUGCGAUGCUGGGGAUCCAAACGUCUUGUCAAGGGUAACAUCAUUUUUAGACUGGAUCGCAGCAAAUAGUGAUGCUGUUAUUUCUUAAGCAACUGAGUUCUUCACUGAAUCAGAUAUUGCAAAUAAACGAUUAUUGCUAUUGAAUGAAACGUUA